GCUUUCACUUCCUGCACAGCUUUGAUAAGAAAACCUGACAGAUAAGGAGAAGGAAGAGAAAAGAGGAGGUCCCUGAGAGAGAGUAGGAGGAGGACUGUAACAGAGGGGAGACAGAGAAGAGUUUGUCCAUCCGUCCAUUCUUCUUGUCCUCACACAACCUGAGAGCAAACAUUCUUCUGUUGCCACAGCUCUGGACUUUACUGCUCUCGUCCAUUUUGGGACCUUAAAUUCAAACAGUUCCACGUGUCUCUGUGUUUUGAUUAAAGAACACAUUCACACCAGAAAAAGGCUUUUUUGUCCAAACUUGAUCGCCCUCUGUUCUCCAGGCAGCAGAUCUGGAGGCUGUCUUGCUCGAGGGCACCUCAGCAGUCACUGGAGGCUGAUCUGGAUUCAAACAGGACUCUCACAGGAGAACAGCAACAGUGGGACGUCUGACAUGGAUUUGAUGGAUUUGAACUCCUGAGGCUGAACCCUGGAAGUGGAAGGUGGUAGUGUGAGAGGAGAUGUGACUCCUCAUGCUGUGCCAUGCUGAGAGGGAGGCCAGCUCUCGGGAUUCUGUGCUUUGUCAGUUUUCUCGCCCUGAAAACACAAGCAGCCCAAAGAAGCUGCACUAAGGACAUCAUCAAAAGGGUCCAGACGCUCAUCGACCAAGCCCCCGACGUGGUGUUGUUGGACGUGAGACUCUACACCCCGACCACUGAAGAUUUCGAGAAAUGCCGCAGCUCGAACUUGAAGUGUUUUGCUGAUGAAAUCAAAGUCCUCUGUGAAGAGUGGAAAACCGUCGGAGUCCUAAUUGAAAAGUUCAAACUUGACACCAAGCUGGAAAAACUGGCAACGUUUUUUAACCAGACGGAGGCAGCGUGUCGUCAGUGUGAACUCUUCAAAAAACAAAACGCAACAAUGUUCCUGAGUGAUCUGAAGUCUGCUCUCCAGAUGAUGAACCAGCAGUUCUGUGAAUAGAGCUCCGAGUUCAGAGAAUAGAGAGACGUCAUUAACCUGAGCUCAAAUAAAGUGUGGUAUGAAGAA